GCCGUGUGGUGCCCCCAGCAGCACACGCCACACCAGGCUACGCCAGUUGGGCACCAUCCACAUCCCCAUCUCCCACCCCAUAUACGACUCCCGAUCCGAUCCCGAACGUAGUUGAAAUUGCAUGCCGAAUUCGCCAGACAACCAACUAACCAACCAACCAGUUUCACUUGCGAAAGCAAACAGCUUCCAUUCCCAUUUCAUUCGACAGUCGACCGCCGUUAGCUGGAAACGCGUUUCGGGGCCCGAGCAGCGAGCUAAAAUCAAAAGUACUUGUACUCGUAACUCCCGGAAGCUCAUCCCAUCAAUCAGUUCAGGAGCACUUCUGUUGCAAGGAAGAGAAGAUGAAGGAGGCCGAUCUGGAAGAACAGUAUGCCCGCUUUCCGAAGAUCAAGCGAUCGGAGGUGCAAAAGUUUGUCGAAUGGAUUCAUGUCCAGCCGCACAUCUCGAAGCAAUUCUCGGAGGGCGAAGCCCUGCAUUUCUUUCACGCCUGCCGCUACAGCAUGGAGGUGGCCAAGCAAGUGCUGGAUAUCAAUCUCACGGCCCGCACCCACCUAGAUGAGUUCUUUGUGAACCUCGACAGCGAGCGACCGGAGCUACGGCGUGCCAUGAAAACAAUUUCUAUUGUUCCGCUGCCUGGAGCUACUCCCGAAGGCUAUCGUGUGAUUGUCGCCAAACUCGAAGACCUCAAUGCAUCGAAUUAUAACUUUGCGGAUGCCAUGAAACUAUAUUGCAUGAUAUUCGACUUUUGGAUGUACGAAGAUGGAAUACAGCCCGGCCAUGUGAUUGUAAUCGAUCUGAAGGGCUGUGCCCUGGGGCACUUGGCCCGCAUUGGACUUCUACAAAUGAAGAAAUUCCUCUUCUACCUGCAGGAAGCGGCUGCCAUACGACUGAUUGGUUUCCACUUUGUCAACAUUGUGCCUUUUAUGGACAAGAUUAUGGCCCUUAUGAAUCCGUUUAUGAAGAAGGAGUUGACAAGCGUUCUCCAUAUGCACAAUGACAUCAAUGACUUCUACAAAUUUGUACCGCGCGAAAUGCUGCCAAAGGACUACGGCGGACCGGGGGAGGAGACCAGUCUGGCCAAGGAGAUCUAUUACAAGAAACUGUUGAACAAUCGCAAAGAGAUGCUCGAGUUUGAGACGCGCCAUCAGGUUAAUGAGAAACUGAGGCCCGGGAAAGCCAAGACCGUCUCCGAUCUCUUUGGCAUCGAGGGAAACUUCAAGAAGUUGGACAUUGAUUAAAAAUUUGUGGCAUUACUAUUACUGUUAAGAGGCAGAAUUAAUUGUUUACAGGUGUUUGCUAGUACUAAUAAAAUGUUCGUUAAUUGUUUA